AUCGCCGUGGAGUUAGGGUGGACUCUGGUACAAAGUGACCUUCAACCUUACAAAGCCCGGAGAAGCCAGUACUGCUGGGAGUGAGGGCGAGUCGGAGCUCCUCGAGGCGCUCUCUCUGAAGGAGCGGAUGGCAAGAUAUCAGGCAGCUGUCUCCAGGGGUGAUGCCCGCAGCUUCUCUGCUAACGUCAUGGAAGAAUCUGAAGUAUGCACAGUGCCAGGUGGCUUGGCCAAGAUGAAGAAACAAUUUGAAAAGGAUGAAAUGACUUCAACCAGGAAUGCCUUUUCUGAGUAUCAAUCCCAUCACCAGAGCAGAUCCGAGCAGGAAGCAAUCCACAGCAGUCAAGAGAUGAGAAAGAAUGAACAAGAAUUCUAUAAAGCACAUGGAACCGAUGUCUUCAAAACAGAAACGAUGUCCCAUCUUGAAAAACACACUGAGGAAGUAAACCAAGCUUCACAGCUCCGUCAGUAUGUUCAAGAAACAGUCAUUGAUACACCCGAGGAUGAAGAGAUGCCUAAGGUUUCCACAAAGAUUUUGAAAGAGCAAUUUGAGAAGUCCGCCCAGGAAAAGUUUCUCUACUCUGACAGAGAAACCACAACUCCAUCCAGGUGCAUAAAGAUUGAAAAUGACAGUGAAGAAUCCUUAAAGCCAUCAUCAGCUGUGGGUACCUCUUCUUCUUACACUUCAACCAGCCAGAGGAAGGAAAUCUCAACCUCAAGUUAUAGUAAUCACAGUGUCACUUCAACAUCCCUGGCACAAGUUAAUGGCGCUCCUUCAGGGAAGACGGAGGAAUUUCCUCCUCCCCCACCUGACGUACUUCAGACACCAAUGGAUAGGACAGCAUUUUCCCAGUCCCCUGAAUUCCCCAGUCCCCCUAGAGGACUACCAAUCCCCAAAGAUUUAUAUACCAAACAACGAAAUUUGUAUGAAUUAAACCGUUUAUAUAGACAUAUCCAUCCCGAGUUAAGGAAAAACUUAGAAAAGGAUUACAUCAGUGAGGUUUCUGAAAUUGUUUCUAGCCAGAUAAACUCAGGAAACUCCGUUUCGGCAGAUGUGCAACAAGCUCGGUAUAUUUUUGAAAAUACAAAUGACAGUUCUCAGAGAGAUCCAAACCAAGAAAACCUGGAAUGGGAUGAAAUCCUGAAAGGCGAGGUGCAGUCCAUGCGAUGGAUUUUUGAGAAUCAACCAUUAGAUUCUAUCAAAAAUGGCUCUGCAGACAAAGGGUCCACUUUCAAGGGCGCUGCUGACCAAGAACUCAUUGCUGGGGGUGAUGUGAGAUAUACGACUUGGAUGUUUGAGACUCAGCCAAUAGAUGCCCUAGGGGUUGCUUCUACUGGCACUGAAGGAAACACAGAGAAAAUUCCUGAGCUAGCUAGAGGAGAUGUUUGCACAGCAAGGUGGAUGUUUGAAACAAGGCCUUUAGACUCAAUGAACAAAAUGCACCAAAGUCAAGAAGAAACAGAAUAUACUGCUAUAAAUGACAUAACUGGGGGAGACGUUAAGACUGUGAGGUACAUGUUUGAAACUCAAAACCUGGAUCAGCUUGGGCAGCUUCACUCUGUGGAUGAAGUUCACUUAUUACAACUCCGAUCUGAGCUCAAAGAAAUUAAAGGAAAUGUUAAGAGGAGCAUAAAGUAUUUUGAAACUCAACCACUCUAUGUCAUCAGAGAUGGUUCAGGCCAAAUGCUAGAAAUUAAAACCGUGCAGAGAGAGGACAUUGAAAGGGGGGACGUGAGAACAGCACGUUGGAUGUUUGAAACACAGCCUUUGGACACAAUUAGCAAAGAUAUCACAGAAAUUAAAGUUGUUCGAGGAAUAUCCAUGGAAGAAAAUGUCAAAGGUGGGGUGAGUAGAGCAAAGUGGUUAUUUGAAACUCAGCCCCUGGAGAAAAUCAAAGAAGACUCAAAUGAGGUUGUCAUUAAUAAAGAAGCCAUCAUAGGUACAGAUGUUUCUAAGAAGUGCUGGAUGUUUGAAACACAGCCGUUAGACGUUCUAAAAGAAGUCCCUGAUGCAGAUACUACAUCACCUGAAGAGAGAAUAGGAGGUGACUUAAAAACCACCAAGCAUCUAUUUGAAACGUUUCCAAUAGAAGCUUUAAAAGACAGUCCUGAUGUAGGAAAGCUUCAAAAAAUCACUGCCUCUGAAGAAGAAAAAGGGGACGUUAGGCACCAAAAAUGGGUUUUUGAAACUCAACCUUUAGAAGACAUUAGAGAAGGGAGGAAGGAGUGCAUGAGGACAGUGAGGCUAGAAGCAGUUGAUAGAGGUCAGGUAAAGAACUACACGCAUAUCUUUGAGGCCAAUAAUUUAACUACGGUUGAUGCAUCACAUAAAAAUGAGGUGGAAGGAGUCCCCAGAGGCACUGUGGAGUUGAAUAAAUCUCUCUUCGAGACAACCCCACUGUAUGCUAUUCAAGACCGUCUUGGAAAAUACCAUCAAGUAAAGACAGUUCAGCAGGAAGAAAUCCUCACAGGAGACGUAAGAAGCUGUAGGUGGCUUUUUGAAACAAGGCCCAUUGACCAAUUUGAUGAAAGUCUUCAUAAAUUUCAGAUAAUUAGAGGAAUAUCUGCUCAAGAAAUCCAAGCAGGGAGUGUGAAAACUGCUAGAUGGUUGUUUGAAACUCAGCCUCUUGAUUCAUUUAAAUAUUUUAGUAAUGAGGAGCAAACAGAAAGCAAAACUGAACAAACUACAAAUGUUGUUAAAGGAGAUGUCAAAACCUGUAAAUGGCUCUUUGAGACCCAGCCAAUGGAGUCUCUUUAUGAAAAGGUUUCCUUGGCGACAAACACCGAAGAUAUUCAUAAGGGUGAUGUUAGAACCUGUACCUGGCUUUUUGAAACGCAGCCACUUGAUACUAUAAAAGAUGACUCAGAAGCAACAAUCAAACUACAAACUGUAAAGCAGGAUGAGAUACAAGGUGGGGAUGUUCGGACAGCAUGUUUUCGCUUUGAGACAGAAAAUCUGGACAACAUACAGGGGAAGGAAGGGAAAGAAAACAAGCCUGUGGAGGUGGAUAUACAAGCUGGCGAUGUCUCUGGAAUGAAGUAUAAGUUUGAGCACCAGUCCUUAGGUUCUAUCAGUUGCAGUUCAGAGGAUGUUUUGAAUAAGAUCAAAACCCUAAAAACUGAAGACAUUCAGAAAGGCAAUGUGUUAAAUUGUAGGUGGCUAUUUGAAAACAUACCCAUUGAUACGAUAAAGGAAAAUCAAGAGGGUGAUGGAUUGGUUAAGACAGUGACAGACAUACAAGGAGGAAAUGUGAGAAAGGGGUGCUUCAUUUUUGAGACGUUUUCUUUGGAUGAGAUUAAAGAUGAAUCUGAUGGUGUACGCACCAGGGAAACGAAUAAUGAAGAAGUCAUCAAAGGUGAUGUGAAGAGCUACAGAAUGCUCUUUGAAACACAGCCGCUCUAUGCAAUUCGAGAUCAAGAAGGGUUUUACCACGAAGUGACUACUGUAAAAAAAGAAGAAGUAAUUCAUGGAGAUGUACGAGGAACGAGGUGGCUCUUUGAAACAAAACCAUUAGACUCAAUUAAUGAAUCAGAAGAUGUGUAUGUUAUUAAAUCUGUCACCCAGGAAGACAUUCAGAAGGGGGACGUGAGUUCUGUCAGAUACAAAUUUGAAACUCAACCGCUGGAUCGGAUCUCAGAUGAAUCACAUGGUAUUGUGCACACUGUGGAUUCUAUUCAAGGAGGAGACGUGAAGACAAGCAAACAAUUCUUUGAGUCUGACAAUGGCGACAAGAAGAAAUAUAUAAGAACAGUGAGUGUCAACGAAGUGCAAAAGGGCAAUGUUAAGACGUCUACUUGGCUCUUUGAAACUCGCAGCAUAGAUGAACUGGGAGCAGGGUCUGGAUAUGACACCAUCAAGACUGUCACCCAGGAAGAGGUGCGGAAAGGUGACGUUAAGAAUGCAGUGUGGCUCUUUGAAAAUCAAGCAUUGGAUUCUAUUAAGGAAGUAGACGAAAGUGAUGCAAAAACGACCAAAGAAGAAAUUCCUCCAUCAGAUGUCAAAACAACUACAUGGCUCUUUGAAACAAAACCUAUUCAUGAAUUUAAUGAAACGAGAGUAGAGAAGGUAGAAAUUAUUGGCAAAAGCAUUAAAGAAACUUUGGAAGACCUCUACUCUCAGAGAGUUAUUGAAGCUUUUGGAAUUAUCAUUGAAGCUGAUGAAGUUGGCGAUGUCCGAAUGGCAAAAUACAAGCUCAUGAACCAAACAGCCCCAGAGAUACAGAAAGAAGCCAUUAUCAGAGCUGAUCUCAGAAGCAUAAUGAUAAAUUUACUUUCCCAAAGGGACUGUACAAAGAAAGAGAUAUUUGUCAGUGAAGAGGAGAAGGGAAAUGUCAAUUUGACUAAAACUCAAUUAUUAAACAGAUCAACUGAAUUUCAUGCUGAAAAGGAAGAGAUAGUGAGAGGGGAUGUUAAACAAGCAAUGAAAAAGCUGUUCUCGGAGGAAAAAUACACAAAGAAAGGCAUCUUAAUUCAGGAAGAUGAAAAGGGAGAUAUCAACAUGACUAUCUACUGUCUUCUUCAUGAAAAUGCCCGUGACAAGACUGAACGAGAAGACAUAAUCGGAGGUGAUGUGAGAGGCGCCAUUCAUAACCUGCUAUCUUCUCCAUCAAAUGGUAAAAUACCUGAAAAGACAAAAGUCGGUGCCUCAGAGAGGGGAAACGUUCAGUUCUUCACAACAUGCAUAGAAACCGGAGCUUUGGAUUACCUCAAACAACUUCAAGCAGGGACGAAUGAAACACUCACAGCCAGGGAACAAGAGGGAGAGGGAGACAUAAUCAGGGGUGAUGUGGAGGGCACAAAACUGUUACUAAAGGAAAGGCAAUCCCUGGUUGAACGUACCGUUCAUGAAACUGACAUCAUCCCAGGAGAAGUGCACAAUACAGUUAAAGUCCUCAUGGCUGGAUCUCAGGGUUCAUCUUCCAAGACACAGAAAGAAGAGACUAUAAAAGGUGAUUUGAACUCAACCCUAAACUCUCUCAGCCAGGCCAUGAAUCAGAAAACAGGGUCAAAAGCAGAUGAAAUUGUAAACGGUGACAGGUUGACCACACUAGAGUCACUUAAGGAGUCAAGCCACAGACAGAAAGAAUCUAAACAAUCUGGUGGCAUCUCUGGUGAUCUUGAGCAAGCUAUUGCGUGCCUUGAGAAGGCUACAAAUACAAGGACUGAAAUACUGAAAAAAGAGAUGAUGCUAGAUGACCUUGAAACAUCAUUAAGGUCUUUGAAAGAAGCACAGCAGGGUUUCAAAAAGGUGGAUAGAGCAGGGCUAAUCAAAGAAGAUGCACUGGGAUUCGCAGAACGACAAAAAGUAGGGAUUCGUCCAGCUACUGUCCAGAGAGACAAAAGAAGUCUUCUCCAACCAAUGCCAGGACCAUUUGAGCCAGCAACCAGGCAGCAAGCAGGACCAGGCCCUCUCCAUGAAACCAUGCAGCAAUCGUACAAACAGCCUUCAGUAGAAAAAAGAUCUGAGGUUCAUCUUCCCAGAGCCCCAAAGGGCGCUGUCAAGAUUGUUGUUGAUCGGGAACAAAACAACGACGCUCUAGAGAAAAACCUUAGGAAGAUGUCUAAUCCAGAGCACAGAGCUGUGAGAAAUGCCUUAGACAUGGGUGACAGAACUGGCAUCUGGACUGAGAGCAGAGAAUAUCUGCGUGGUGGCAACAGUAUGAGUAAACAGUUAACUACAACCAUGGCAAUGAAGGAAAAUGUAAAAAUCAAGGAAUCAGAGAAUGUGAGAGAGUCAAAAAAUGCUAUCUUUAACUUCUCCCAGUCUGGAGACAAAAUGUUUAGAAAGCAGCAGAUUCAAUCUUGUGAAGUACGGAAUGAUAACCAGAAGUCUCAGUCCUGGGAUUCCUAUGGGAAGAGUCAAAAUAAAAUGAAAAAUAUGCAUGGGGCAACCAGAAACUCUUGGGAGCAAGCCUUGCUAAGUCAGGAAACAUGGUAUUCUAAUAAAGAUACGAAGAAAAAUGAUGGGAGCCUUCAACCUUUACCUGUAGGUAAGGAUGUCCACGGACUAACAGGAAUGAGAGUCUCUGGGAAAGGCCACAAAAAAUUUCAGGCAACUGACAAAAACCAGAAAAUUGAUGUUUGUCUAGAAAGCCAGGACUUUCUAAUGAAGACAAAUACUUCCAACGAGUUGAAAAUGGCAAUGGAGAGGUCCCUUAAUCCAAUCCACCUUCACCCUGAGUGUCAUGUAAAAGAAAAUGAGGACUCUCUUCCACCUCCAUCUCCUCCUCCUCCACCACCUUCCAAUGCAUCAUCCGAAAUUGAAUUUCCUCUUCCCCCUCCACCACCUUCAAUGUUGUUGCCUGAAAAGAAUGAGUUUCUUCCCUCUUCAUCCACAGAAAAGACAAGGACUGAAUUUGAAAACUUCCCAAGUCUCCCUCUUCCUCCACCACCAGCAGAUGAGAAAUCAGAAGGAGAACGUCUGUCAGCAUCCCUACCUCCUCCACCUCCUCCAACUCCGUGGCAAGCAGCACAGCUUCUACCCCCCUCUGCCCUAGAAAAUCACAGUGAACUACUCUGGCAGCAACAUUCCCAAACAGAAUCCUCAAGCUCUCUGCAGAUUCACUCUCAGGCUAAAACCCUAACAGGAAAAACACCACCUCCUACACUCCCCAAACCCAAACUUCCCAAGAGAGUUAAAGAUAAAAUCAGUCAGCAGAACCCAAAUGGCGAAUUGGGAAAAUCUGUGUCAGAUAUGGAAAUGAAAACCAUCCUCCCGAAGUAUCAGGAAAGAUCAGGGGUGGCAGUGAGCAGUGAGCAUACUGAGACAAAGCAGGAGGUAUUCAGAGAAAGCCUUGGUGAAAGAAAACAGCUGUCAAUCCGCUCAGCAAACUCUUUAUCUCAGACAGUUCCAGAAGUCUCAGCUCCCAGGGGUAAACAGAAAGCACCCCUAGUUAAAUCCCACUCACUUCCAUCGGGUUCAGAGCAACAAAGCCCGAAGCCUUACAUGAGAAAAUUUAAGACACCUUUAAUGAUUGCCGAAGAAAAAUACAGACAACAAAGGGAAGAGCUUGAGAAACAGAGACAGGAGAAUUCUUGCCACAGCACUGUCAAAACAGAAACCUACCACCAAAACAUAUCCGAGAAGGAGAAAGAAACAGCGUCACAAAAAGCAGCUGAGACAGUCCCCAUACCCGGGAAGGAUUUGGACUUGACUAAGAAGAGCGCUGUGCUUGUAGGUGUGAGCUCUGACAGCCAACCCUGCACAGCCUCUGCAUUGGCAGUCGCUACUGAGAAGCUCCAGCAUGUUCUAGCAGCUUCAGAAGAUAAGUGUACCAUGAGAAAGGGAGGUAUACAAAGCUCGAAGAACAUGCAACAAUCAGAAUCAGCUUGUGAAAUUAGCCAGAAUUACAAGGGAUGUAAGACACAACAAACACAUAUGGAGACGUUGCCCUUUCCCCAAAGCAAAUCAAAUUUCCCAAGUAUCAACGUGAAAACGGUCAAGCUCCCGACACUAGAUCAUACAUUGACUGAAAUAGAUCGCAGUUUCGAAAGUCACAUAAAGCAAUCUGAAGUUGACGCCCAAACCAUCACUAAACAAAUGAAUCAGGAAAUCAAGAAACCCCAAGCAAAGACACAGUUUGACGAUAAGCAAUCUGUGCCUGAAAAAUCUUUUCCAUUGCCUAAAACGGAGAAAACGGUGACAAUACAAAUGCCUGAAGAAUCUUCGGGAAAAAAUCACAAGAGUAAACUCAAAACACCUCCCAAGAAGCAGAGGGGAUUUGGGGAGCUUGACGGGGGAAAUGUCCUAGGGCGUGAAGAAAGUCGUCAGGACUCAUGCAUGAGCAGUUCCAAAGAGGACAGAUUAACAGACAGAAAGCAAAAGCAUCUGCAGGACCAGAGAGUACCGAGGGUAGUCCAACAAACGAUUUUUGAUGCAUGCCUAGACACACGGACUCAGAAUUUUCAGCAAACACAAAUACAAACAUCUGGAAGUACAGUUGAGCACAAAAAACUGCCUGAUAUGACAGAGAAAAAAUGUCUUAGAGACCAGGGCAUUCAACAGACCCAUGUCACUCUUAACACUGAGCAUUCAAAGCAAGAGAUUAUGCAGCACAGGUCUCCAUUUUCCUCUGUGAAAGAAUCCCAGCAGAAUGAUGGGAAAGGUGCCAUAAAUAUAUUGGAAUUCUUGAGGAAACGUGAAGAACUACAGCAGAUUUUGUCUAGAGUAAAACAGUUCGAAGCAGAGUCAAAUAAAAGUGGCCUUCAAACAUUUCAGACACUGUUAAAUAUUGUUCCGGUAUGGCUGAUAAGUGAAGAAAAAAGAAACUAUGGAGUUUGUGUUGCCAUGGAGAAUAAUUUAGAAAAAGUCAAAGAAGAAAUAACACAUAUUAAAACUCAAGCAGAGGAUAUGCUUGCGCACUGUGAACAUGUAAUUCAAACAGCCAUGAUGGCCGCCCAAACAGGAAAGCAGAGAGAUAAGCCUACCCAUCUUAAUGAAAUGUCAUUGAAAGUGUCUAACUUCAAUGCCAGCUCGAAUAAAUGCACUGAGCAGCGAGAAAAUAAAAUUGGAGAAGAAAAAUUACCACAGCACCAAGUAACAAUGACUCAUGAUCAAGAAAAUAAAAUUGGAGAAGAAAAAUCAUCACACUGCCAAGUAGCAAUGACCCAUGGCCCUGCUGAGACACAUCAGGAGCCUAAGGGAGAUUAUAAGAUGGCUCCUCCCUCUCUGAAAACUCGUCCACCGUCACCAACGUUCAUUACAAUAGAGUCCACUGCCCGCCGAGCCGAAACCUCCACCAAGACUGAGCUUUCUCAGUCCCCUAAAAAGAACAGUUGUACUGAACCUCCACCCAGAAGACCCGCAGAGCAAACAUCUAGACUUCCCAGAACAGGCACCUCCCCAUCCCCACCAAGGAGCCGCUCUGAACAACUCGUUAGACUCAAAGACACCACGGCCAGGUUAGCCAGAGGUAGCAUCCCAUGCUCGCCAGGGACCCCAGUUCCGAUGGUAGAGAAGAGAUCAGAAGUGAUCGUGUCUCCAGCCACACUCCGCAGGCAAAUUAAGAUAGAAAGUCAUGCCAGGGACUCUCCACCAGCCGUCACGAUACCUGUCAAUGUGAACCACGUCGUGAGUGGUUCCUUCCGGGAAUCUGUAGCAGCUCAAGAGGAAAGGAGAGAAACAGAGAAAAAGGAGACGUAUGUUCAUAAAGAUGAAAUGAAUUCAAUCGACAGCACAAUGCCAGAAAUCGAAAGCUAUGAUGCAGUUGAAAUCAUCCGCAAGGUACAAGGGCCUCGCCUAUCAGAACACACAGAGAGAUUUGAAGCCGCUACCAAUCAAACGGUUCAAAUGGCUGAACGUUUUCUGAAUGGCCAUGAAAACGAAAUGCACAGAUGGUUUAGGGAAUUUGAGAAUGACCCAGUUUUUGGAGCAAAGACAGAUAGAAGAGCUUAUGCAAACGGUAAAGUAAACUGCAACAUGAAACAAGAGAGUCACACAUUUUGUAAGGAGGAGUUUGGAUUAGCAUCUUCUGGAAAUGCUAACUUUCCAGGCUUUUCCUACAGACAUCCUAGAGAGUACCAAGGAACAGUUUCUGCAAUGCAGCCCAGGGUUCACUCUGAAGCAAGGUCUCUCAGUGAGCACUUCUUAGGCAUAGACGCAUUUGACAGUCAGAUCAUUGGGUCAAAGGUAGCAACCUCAUCGACACGUAGCUCAGAUGCAGGCAGGUCUGGCUUUGACAGCAGGCAUGCUCCACCUACCUAUGAAGACGUGAUUGCUGGCCACAUCCUAGACCUUGCGGAUUCACCUCCAAAUCAUAGAAGAGAUUUUCAGAAGACAUGGCAGGAGAGCGAAAGGAUUUUUGAGCACUUGGGCUAUGAAACCUCCAACGCACAUGCAACUGAAAUGAGCCAGGCCUUCCAGGAGGAAUCUGCCUUUUUCCGUGACAAGGAAAUCUGCGUAAUCUGUCAAAAGACAGUUUAUCCAAUGGAAUGCCUCGUAGCAGACAAGCAGAAUUUUCAUAAAUCUUGUUUCAGAUGCCAUCACUGCAGCAGUAAACUGAGUUUGGGAAAUUACGCAUCACUUCAUGGACAAAUAUACUGCAAGCCCCACUUUCAACAACUUUUUAAGUCUAAAGGAAAUUAUGAUGAAGGUUUUGGACACAGACAGCAUAAAGAUCGAUGGAAUUGCAAAAACCAAAGCAGCUUAGUUGAUUUAAUUCCCACUGAAGAACCCAGUGUGUUUGAAAACCCUGCAGCAGAUACCCUCUUGUCUGGGGAUCUUACUAAACAUGCAGAGGUUUGUAACAACGAGUGGCAAAACGAUGAUUUGAGGAAAUGGGGGGAGAGAGGAAAAUUAAAAAUUGUUUGGCCUCCUUGCCCGGAGAUGCCUAAGAAAAGCUCUCCCCGUGAGGAAGAGCUCAAAGUGAGUAAGCCUAAAUGGCCACCUCACGUGACAAUCCCCGUUCCCUCGGAAUUUAAAAGGGAGUCGCCGACAGAGCACGUAAAAAGCAUGGAGAAUCAAGGGGAAGAGCCAGAGAGCUUCCCUGUCCUACAACCGUGUCAGCACCACGCGUGUCAGAAAGAGGACAUUGCGGUAGUCCAAGAAAUAAAAGUGUGUGAAGCAAGAAAAGAGGAGAAAGAGGGAAAGAGAAAUAUGCAAGAUAAGCUGGAUGAAGCUGAGGGUGUAGCAAACAAGAGAAAAAGCGGGAUGGAUCUUUACGACAGUCACCUGUAUGUGCGGAGCGAAGCAAAGGAGAAGGAUGGACAUGCUAAUGAACCUGAUGGCGCAGAGGCUUUACAAGUUACAAACCCUGGUGCUGACGUGGGGCCAGAGACCCACAGACAGAACUUCAAUAACAACAACAAUAACAAUUCGGUAGCUGUCCCCUCUCUGAAGAACGGCAGGCAGGAGAAACCUAUUUUAGAACGUCCUCAUCUAGUGCCGUCGGCCAGUGAAGCAAACAGCUACUACGCAAGUGAAUAUCAAAACAAAAAGUUAAAACAGACAUCUAGGAUCUCAGAGUUACUUGGUAUCUUUGAAUCCGAAAAGUCGUCCUCUAAGAAGGUCCUAGCCACGGCUCUGGAGAAAAGGGCUGACGGAGUGACUGCAGGCAGUCCUGAGCAGUUCGCUCCGGAGCAAGGCUUCCGGCUGGGCUUAUCAGUUAAAGAGGAAAGCCGUACAGCCUCUCCUGAUAUCAACCUCUUACCCAUGAAAGGAAACCAUGGAAAUAACAAAAACGUACACCUUUUCUUUUCUAACACCGUGAAAGUCUCUUCUUUUUCCAAGAAUCAUCACACCCUUGGGUGUGAUUUCAUAGAUUCGGUUGAUCAACUCAAAAGUAUGUCACGCUUGUAUUUAAGAGAACUUGGAAACGAUGUCAAAUCCUGGCAUGGGGAAACUACAGGAGCAGCUUGGAGUGAUGGGAGAACGGGUUUUGAUGCUGCAAGCCAAGGGUGUGCGGCUAAGCCUGUGGUUCCCAGAGUGCAGUGCCAGGCUGAACAUCUGACCGUGGAAGAGCUGAUUAAAAGGGACAGGUGCUACAGUACCAGCGAUGCUGACUGAGACUUCUCUGGCCACUUGUGGUUCCUACACAAGCAUGGAGAGAUGUUCUCAGAUAAGAUCUCGGGAUCAUGACUCACUUAGGAUUGCAACGAUAAUGUCUCAUAAUUUCAUAUUUCACAUCACAUUGUUUCCUGUAUCGCACUCCAUAAUUCUUCUCCACUAUUCAUUUGAGUCUGGUUUGGAUCUGAACGGCAUGCUGAGGUGAAACAAGGUAGCCAUGGUUUCUUCCUCAAAUGGCCCAUGCGCUACUUGUUUCUAUACUGUAUAGUGUGCGUGAGGGGUCUGUACUGCUGGCGGUUGUUGCCAUUCUUACACCUUCUCCAUAAUUUCAGAUGAAAUAAAAUUGAAU